GUCUAUCUUAGCGUACCUAGGUAUAAGAGGGAAAAGCUAGACUAAUUAAAGUUAGAUGACCCCUGCAGCCUUAUCUCCCUAAGUCGCAGUUCCUAAGCAGAAAAAAAAUAAUUUACUGGGUCUGACAGCCUCGAACAGCUCUCUUACCUCUUCUUAUUCGCGGUUGACGCGAUCGCUGGCAACUGGCAAAAUAUUCUCUCCGUCCUUCCCGACCAAGCCGAGAGGGUCGUCUUCUUAUCAGUUCAUCAGCUCAUCAGAACAUAACCCUUCUUGUUAAUUUCCCUUUGAUACUUAUGUGAUUUGUCCUGUUUGACAAGCACUUCUUUUAUUCACAUCUGACGUUUCCCUAUUCCCUAUUCACUUCGCGGUCGCAUCCUUCAAUUAUUUUUUAUUAUCGGUUGAUAGCUUCUCCGUCUUAUUCCACUUUCUUUAACGGAGGAUUAUCAUACCAUACAUUAUACGCCAUACAUUACGGAGUAGGUACCUACACUUCGUAACCACAGCCAUAGACAUAUAUCAUAUAUCAUACUACGCCACGAGAGUAUCACCUUAGCCACCCACUACCUUUCAGCUGGGUGCCAAAGUCUGAAUCAGAUUUCAGCUCGACUCCUAAUAAAUACAUAACCUACCUCUAGUGUAUUAUUCUAUCCCUUUUACCACCCACCAUUUCAUCCCACUUAAGGGAAAGCCACCAUGUCUGAAAGAAGAACCAGGCGGCAGGCCGCUUUGGCAGCAGCCGCAACUGCAGAUGACACUCCUACCAAAUCCUCCGGGAACGAAAUUACCAUGAACGGCAACGGAAACGGAAAUGGCCAGGCCGUUGCUUCGUCAGAUUCUAAAGUUGACGAUGACUAUCCCCACGAAAACAUCUUCCUAUUCUGGCCUAAUAUUAUAGGUUAUUCCCGUAUCGUCCUAGCUAUCGCAUCCCUCUACUAUAUGCCCCUUCACCCUCGAACAUGCUCCCUACUCUAUAGCAUCUCGUGUCUCCUGGACGCCCUCGACGGAUAUGCGGCUCGAUACUUCCAACAGUCUACAAAGUUCGGCGCGGUCCUGGACAUGGUAACCGAUCGAUGUACGACCUCGUGCCUACUUGUCUUCUUGUCCUCGGCAUUCCCACGAUGGGCCAUCAUAUUCCAAGGCCUGAUUACCAUAGACUUCGCAAGUCACUACAUGCACAUGUAUGCGACGCUUGCUAUGGGUGGCUCAGAUACCAGCCACAAGAGCGUCGAUAAGUCAAGAAGUUGGCUACUAAACAUAUACUACACCAACAAGACCGUCCUCUUCCUAUGCUGCGCCCUUAACGAGACCUUUUUCAUCGCCUUAUACCUACUUUCUUUCUCUUCGCCGCUCUUGUCGCCACAGCUCCUCCAACCCCUCGGCGAAUCCAAGGUCGCUGCCAUCCAGACCGGCGCGCAAGUUAACAGUUCGGUACUUCGACAGCUGUUUACCAACCCUUAUAGUGCAGCCGCCCUCGAGAUGGCACGUGCGAAUAAGAUGGAUUCAACUUGGCCUUGGAUCAUUGCUGGAAUUAGUGCCCCCAUCAUGGCACUAAAACAAUUCCUCAAUGUCGUUCAGCUUAUCAAGGCAAGCCGAUGGUUGGCCGAAGGUGAUGUGAAGUCGCGAAGGGCAGCCGGUUUACCCAAGAGAAAGAAUAGGAAAAACGCGUAAAGAAGGGCAGAUACGCAGAUGAUAUGGAAAUUUCAGGUACGACGAAAGGCCAGGAUUCGGCCGGAACGGACCCAGAACACAAAUAGUGGACCCACGGUGUUGAUUUGUACGAGAUGUCUCAUUUCACGGAGCGAAUCUUAGGCAUAGGGGCGGCCGGACGGAUUCGUAUCAAACGGUUGCAUGGGAUC